AGAGUCCAACACAACUUCCUCCGAUUUUGCUUCUUGCUGAGUUUGUUGGCGUGACAAUCUCCGGUCCUACCGUCCGUGUAAAGAAGAACUAGUCAUCAUGCAGAUCUUUGUGAAGACCCUGACUGGCAAGACCAUCACCCUGGAGGUGGAGCCCAGUGACACUAUUGAGAAUGUGAAGGCCAAAAUCCAAGACAAAGAGGGCAUCCCUCCUGACCAGCAGAGGCUCAUCUUUGCAGGCAAGCAGCUGGAAGAUGGCCGUACCCUGUCUGACUACAACAUCCAGAAAGAAUCCACCCUCCACCUGGUUCUGCGUCUUAGGGGUGGCUGUGUAAUUGUUGACUUUAUUGUGAAAGCAUAAAUUGCCAAUGAUAGCAUCACCUUGCACUCAGCUCUUUAAAGUCUUCAUAUUAAGUUUUGAGAUUACCAGGUUCAGUAACAGCUGAGCCAAUGCUAAUAAAGGUUUUUGUUGCACAUUGA